UGGCUGUACUCUAUCUAGGUGGAUAGAGUACAGCCACAUGAAUGAAUGAAAUAUGCAGUAGUUCUACUGUACCUACUGUACCUGCACCUGGCCAAACAAUUAGCUUCUAGUACUUGAGGAUUCACUUAUACCCACGGCCUUUGACAUAUUACAAGACAUAUCACAGUUUUUUUGUGAGCCUUUGAAAUGUCAAAAGAGGAAAAAUGUAUUUUGCUCAUGAAAAUCAAAUGCCAUAUCUCCUUCUUAACCCUUUCUUUCUCUCUCCCUCAGCUGUCCAGAGAGGCCGCAUGUCCAACUCCCAGUCCAGCCCGGGUCAGUACCUGACCAAUGGCAGCGACCCUUACAACGGGCAGCCCUACCUAUCUGGAUUCAUCUCUCUGCUGUUGCGCGCCGAGCCCUACCCCACAUCCCGUUACGGGUCCCAGUGCAUGCAGGGAAACAACCUGAUGGGCAUCGAGAACAUCUGCGAGCUGGCCGCACGGCUGCUCUUCAGCGCUGUGGAGUGGGCCAAGAACAUCCCCUUCUUCCCUGACCUGCAGCUCAUGGACCAGGUGGCGCUCCUGCGCAUGUCAUGGAGUGAGUUGUUUGUGUUGAACGCGGCCCAGUGCUCCAUGCCACUGCACGUGGCGCCCCUGCUGGCGGCUGCCGGCCUGCACGCAUCGCCCAUGUCUGCGGAACGCGUGGUGGCGUUCAUGGACCACAUCCGGGUGUUCCAGGAGCAGGUGGAGAAACUGAAGGUUCUGCAGGUGGACACGGCUGAGUACUCCUGCCUCAAAUCCAUUGUGCUCUUCACAUCCGAUGCCAUGGGCCUGUCGGAUGUGGCCCACGUGGAGAGCAUCCAGGAGAAGUCCCAGUGUGCCCUGGAGGAGUAUGUGAGGAACCAGUACCCCAGCCAGCCCAACCGCUUCGGCCGCCUGCUCCUGCGGCUGCCCUCCCUCCGCAUCGUCUCCUCGCCCGUCAUUGAGCAGCUCUUCUUCGUGCGCCUGGUGGGCAAGACGCCCAUCGAGACGCUGCUGCGCGACAUGCUCCUCUCGGGCUCCAGCUACAACUGGCCCUACAUGCCCGUGCAGCGCGACCGCCCCAUCUCCCUCCACUACAAUGAGAAUGGGCCCUGAGGAGGACGAGUCGCCGCGGAUUCAGCUUUUCAUCCAUCCUUCAUUGACCAUCCCUCAAUCCCUCCCUCCAUUUAUCUCCUCCAUCCAUCCCCUGGAAGACCACCACCAUUCCGCCAAAAAGAAGAACUGACCACCUGACUAUCUCACCACACCCCUCCCCCAUUCACCAAUCCAGCCAUUCACACGCCUCUUCUCCAGGGGACCACGGCCAAUAGAGAGACUUGGUGGCUGCCAUGGCCCCUCCUACUUCGCCUUCGCCACGUUUGAGAGGUGACACUAGACGGGCCGGCUGGCAGAAUGGUUUUUGCGCCGUUCUCCUGCAGCUCUGUCGGACUCACGCCGUUAAAGACGACUUUGUCAGUCUCGGACUGGAAGCGGUGGUGGCUACUGGCGACACAGUCACUCUAUUGUCAGCACUGUGCUUGAAUCUAAAGGAGACGUGUCCAAGAAUCUCCACUGUAUGGCGAUUUAGAGCAAGGCCUUUGCUGAUAGAACUGCUUGACCGAGAGAGCCAGGCCCAAGGUUAUUCAUCAACCAAUUUUUUUUAAAGAAACCAGAAGCCAUUAAAAAACGAUGCCAAAUUUCCUCAGAAUUUUCAGAAGACAUGUAUUGUCCGUGUGUGUGUGUAUUAGCACUGUUUAUAAUGAGAGAAAUUCAUGAUUGUGUCCAUAUGUAUGUCAUUGACUCAUAGACAUCCAUGUUAAGGGGUAUGUUGGGACUAGCUCAGGUUCAGGGUGGGGGGACAGGACAGACAGGUCAGACAUGACAGGACAGACAGGACAGGACAGGACAGGACAGACAGGACAGGACAGACAUGACACUAUCAGUAGGAAACAGAGAAUCACGCCUCACCCAGGGCAAAACACCUAUCAACAGCCUGUACCAAAGCGGAACAUGGAUAUUAAUUGUUUGGAUUAUCUUUGUGGUAGUGGUGACAAAAAUAACUUUUGGUUUGUCCAUAAUUUGACCUUUUACUUGUAUUUAGAUGUCAGAGGGUGUGGGAAGUUGCAAAAAAAUAUAUUAAAAAAAUAGGCACUUGCAAUGUGAAACUAUCCAGAACCCACACUUGACCCACUCCCAUCAUAAACACAGCACUGGUAGAUUCUUCCUCAGCCGCCAUUUUGAGGUCAAAACUACAGGGCCACUAACUGGUAAUGGUCAGUGUACUUCUGCCACUGUUUCAAAGUGGAAUAUCAUAAAAGUGGCCCUUCAUAACGUCUACAUAAUGCUGCCAUAGGAAUGACAUAACACAUGCCAGUUAAUGCCAGUUAGUUUCAUGUCACAAUCACAUUUUAUGUUUUUGUGAAAAAUGAGAAUUGUUAUGGAGCCUGAACCAAUAAGCAUUUGAAAACUAUAGUUGUACUUGCCUUAGAACAAGAUUUUGUCACUGAGCAUUUAUUUUAUGACUGUGCCAUAAUCUGAAGUUACCUGUUAUGACAGGCAAUAUGUCCCUCCAUAUGACAUUGUCAUGUAGGGUAGAGGCCACCUCAAUUCAAUUGUCAUUCAAGCAGCAUACUAGGAAAUUGUAUCACUAACCUCCAAAACCUCAAUUAAAGUUACAAUGGUCCCCUAAGAGGAGGGCAUCUACUGUGAUUUAGCGUAGAUAUUAUUAUGUGUUUUUGUUACCAUCAAUUGAUGACGGGCUGUAAGGCAACAUUGAUUGUUGGACGACCAGUCUCUGUUUUUUAACGUGGCACUGGGGUAUCAGCAACAAUUAUUGGGAUUUGAAAGCCAUUGGGACCUUGGAGAGCAGGACUGUCUGUUGAUAAAUUAGUUCACAGAAUAUUUCUAUGAGAGUAUGUUUUUUUCUCUAUUUUUGUUUGGAAAUAUGGAUCCAUUCAUUGAAAUAAAAAUAUGUUGUUCACGGUUA